AUCUCCACUGCCCCAGUGAUUUCCUCUCAUCUCCCCCAUAGUCUGGUCGCUUCCUUCCCGAUCCCUUGGGACUGUCGUCUGCUUCUAGGAUAUUCUCCUGAUCUCUUAAAGUCCUCAAGUGGUGCUGUCACUCGCUCUGGUCUUUUCACCUGCCUGACCCCUUGCUCUCGUUUCCGUUCGCAUCUCCUCAAGUUCAGUUCAGGACCGUCGAAAUACCGUUAUUUCACUCCACCGUCGUUGUCGUUGCGCGUGCUCCCCCGUACAUUCCGACUUUUCUUGAACGAACAUAAUCAAUCCAUCCACUAAUCCACCGGUACACGAUAAUUGAAGUCCAAUCUUUCAUAAUGGUUGCCUACAGCACUACUCUCCUGGCUCUUGCCAGCUCCUUGACCCUUGUCUCCGCCGAUUACUGGGUCAACACAAGCAACAUCGACAUUGGCACAAAGCGAAACUGGUGCCUGAACGAAUUGGCCAGCUGCCCCCUUAUUUGCCAGCAGGAGGAUCUUGGUCCUGUCGACAAAAACCUUUGCGAUGCUGACACCCUUGAAUACGCCUGCGUUUGCGGCAACGGCCAGACUCCCAAUUUGACUGAGUACACUUUGACAAUUCCUUACCACACCUGCGUCGAGUGGGUUCAGGAAUGUAUUCACGACAACAUGGGCGACAACCUUGCGCAGGCCGCCUGCGCCGAGGACCACCCAUGCGGUGCUAAGAACCCCAAGAGAUCCAACGCGACCACGACGUCGACUGCUUCUGCUACCGCGAGCCCAACCGCUUCCAGCACAGGCACCGGCGUCUAUAACGGCCUUGCCGGUGGUAGCAGCGAUGCUGCGGAUUCGAGCAACAAUGGCGGCCACAAACAGAACGCUGCUCCCCAUAUGCUGGAGUCGAUUAGCGCAACCCUUAUCUUCGGCAGUCUCUUUGCUGGUUUCGCCAUCAUGCUCUAGGCUAGCGUUAUUUUGACGUUUGCGAUCAUACCGGAUGUGCGUCGGGCUUUUGGGAGGGAAUCAAAUGUUAAAGAAUUGACCUUCUGACGGACCAUCACUUGCUGCCCGAUGGACGGCAGCAGAGUCCGUUGAGGCCAAAAGGGAGCUUUCAGGAUAUGGAGCAGUGGAGGAUGUCAUCGAUCAUAUGCCCUCACGGAGCCACCACACGCUAUCCUCAACACCACACUAAUAUUUCAACAAGCGCAUGGACAGUCCUUCCUUUUUUUAAGGCGUUUCUGGAGCUCUAUGGCAUCUUGCGAGUUUUUGGAUGGAAAGGGGAAAUCAUUUUGUCAAGCGGUUGCGGGGCGUUUCUCUCAGUUUUAUGUACAUGACUACUGUGGUUAACACGCCUAAUUGUGGAAUGUUUAUUGUGUCACACCAUGAUUAACGGUUUCUGGAUUUGGCAUCGGAUCAUCUUGUGCAACUUCGCCUAUCUUGUCUGAUAUUGCUUGGCCCCCUCAGUGUUCUGCGGCGGUUCAGGCUAUACUAUCCGACGAGCUGAAUUUCUCCUAUAAUGCCAGCUGUACUUCGGGCUGUACCUAGUUGUAUGUCAGUUGUGGAGUAAAAGACACCUUGAUAGUAU